AUGAGCACACUUUGCCAACCCAACAAUAUCGCCACUCUUCACUACCUCGUAUCACAUCCUCACAUCAACCGCAACUCCACAACACCAGCAACCACUAAAGCACCGCCCUCCACCAACAACAUCACCGGCACUAUGACCUCAGAGCAAACCGCAACCAGCACCAAAUGCCACCUGCUCGCCAUACCCCCAGAACUGCGCCUCAUGAUCUACGAGUACUACUUCUCUGCCUUAGCACAGUGGUCACCCAAAGAUGCGCAACGCUUCAUGAACACGAAGCCAAAAAGCUUUCAGCCCGCUCUUCUCAAAACAUGCACCACGAGCAGGAGUGAAGGUGUCUCGAUUUACAAGAAGCAUUUGGAAGCUCUGCGCCAGUCAGGUUGGAACGGGUCCGCCCAGAGCUACGGCACACGGGACCUGCAACGGGUGACGGACUUGGAUAGCUUCCACCGUCAGCUUGCCUACGUCGUGCUUCGCGAUCAGGCGUACGGAAUGGAGCUGGAGAAGUGUGAGCAGUUUUUAGACCCAACCUGGACGGAAUCGAUAAUUGAUUGGCUUGCGGGAGUCUAG